AUGGAAGUGCUUGGGGAGUAUACGUCGCUUAUUGAAAAUUGGACACGUCUCCGAGUGAAAGAAAUCUUAUAUGACUCUUACAAAGAAGAUAUGACACCAAAGGAGAUCGACGAGAAAAUAGUCUUUCACCGCCAAGUUAUUCUUUUGGUACAAACAGAAACCCACUUGUUUGGUUCGUUCAUUGGAACGGUUAUCCCACACCCAGAAGAAACACGUUCGACGGCAAUAGAAAGCGAUUCAAAACACUUCAUCUUUUCACUGCAAAAUAAAUUGAACCGACCAAUGCGAUUUGAACCGGGAUUCAACGAAGAGUUCACUUCACUGUUUGUGUAUGGUCUUUUCAAUAAGAGAAAUGUGGUGUCGUGCCCAAACGCGUUUUUCAUUAAUGUUGGUACCAACUCGUAUGUCACUAAGAAGUGUUUUGAUUACUACUUGGACCCAGAAAACGUCGGAGCAGAAAUCUUUGCCGAUACAGUUCUUCCAAAAAGAUUUGCUGUCAAGCGACUUCUAUUCAUUCAAAUGACUGAUGAAGAAUAA